GUGGAUUAUGAUCGAGCCCAGCUGGUUGUCAGCCCGCCGCUCUCUGGAUCGGACACCUACCCCAGGGGCCCAGUAAAGCUACCUCAAAGCCAGAGCAAAGUCAGCUAUUCAAGCAGCAGCUACCAGUACCCUCUGGUCUAUCACAAAGCAUCCCACUAUCACCAGCCGUCUCUCCAGCCGAGCUCUCCCUAUAUCUCCACCGCCUCUUACCCCAGCUCCCCAAGUAUCACGUCAAGUGCUUAUCCUCCACCCAGCUGGGGCUCCUCCUCAGACCAGCAGCCCUCACGGGUGUCCCACGAACAGUUCAGAGCUGCCCUGCAGCUUGUUGUCAGCCCCGGCGACCCUCGGGAAUACUUGGACAACUUCAUCAAGAUCGGGGAGGGCUCCACGGGGAUUGUCUGCAUUGCCACUGAGAAGCACACAGGAAAGCAAGUCGCCGUGAAGAAGAUGGAUCUCAGGAAACAGCAGAGAAGGGAGCUGCUCUUCAAUGAGGUUGUAAUCAUGAGAGAUUACCAUCACGAAAACGUGGUUGACAUGUACAACAGUUACCUUGUUGGCGAUGAGCUGUGGGUUGUGAUGGAGUUUCUGGAGGGCGGCGCUUUGACAGACAUAGUGACUCACACCAGGAUGAACGAGGAGCAGAUAGCGACCGUCUGCCUGUCCGUCCUGCGAGCCCUGUCCUACCUGCACAACCAAGGCGUCAUCCACCGCGACAUCAAAAGCGACUCCAUCCUUCUCACAAGCGAUGGGAGGAUAAAAUUGUCUGACUUCGGGUUCUGCGCCCAAGUGUCCAAGGAGGUUCCCAGGAGGAAGUCGCUGGUUGGGACACCGUACUGGAUGGCACCGGAGGUGAUAUCCCGCCUGCCCUACGGCACCGAGGUGGAUAUCUGGUCCCUGGGCAUCAUGGUGAUAGAGAUGAUCGACGGCGAACCGCCCUACUUCAACGAGCCGCCGCUGCAGGCCAUGCGCCGCAUCCGGGAUAACUUACCGCCGCGGGUGAAGGACUUGCACAAGGUCUCCUCGGUCCUCCGUGGCUUCUUGGACUCGAUGCUGGUGCGGGAGCCCUCGCAGAGAGCCACGGCACAGGAACUGUUGAGACACCCAUUUCUCAAACUGGCCGGGCCCCCUUCCUGCAUCGUGCCCCUCAUGAGGCAGCACAGGCACCGCUGA